AAUAUCAAUCAGAUUACGGUCCAUGCUUUGGUUGUAAUAAGAAUAAUUUUGAUAUGUAUAUUGAUUCACAAAAUUUAUAUAUUUCUAAUUCUAAUACUUAUCCUAAUUUAAAAAAAUUUACAUCACUAAAUUCAACUCAUCUUAUAGAGGAUUUUGAA